AACAACAACAACAGCAACUACAACAGCAUUGUGAUUAUUAACAUCAGGGUGUUCUCUUUUGCCAACUAUGAAAGGCAAAUAUGAUGUUAAAUAUGAUGCUGUAAAGCGACAGAAAAAGUUUGUUUCGACAUGGAGAAAUCAUUACCCUUGGUUACAAAUAUGCGUGGAAGAAAAGUACAAUGACGGCAGCGUUCGUCCUGAUUUUAUGCAAUGUAGAGUCUGUGUAAACAAUCCACUCAUUGCCGACAAACGUAGUGCAUUUUUUAUUGGCUCAACGAACUCUAGAAUAGAUCCCAUCAAGAAACACAACUUGUCAAGACAGCAUAUUGCAUGUGUACGUGCUGAAGAAAUGCGAGCAGGACCAGUGAACGUCGAGAUUACAAAGAUCGAAGCUGGCCUUCUUUCUCUUCAUAGCAAAGAACGGCAACAUUAUCAGUAUUUGUUUCGCACAGCAUACGCUGUUGCAAAGAAAUGCAAGCCUUUUCUUGACUAUGAGUACAUUUGUGAGGUACAGCAGGCCAAUGAUGUUGAUCUAGGUAAGAACUAUCUGCGCGAUAAGUCUGCAGCCUUGUUCACGAAGUAUAUUGCUGAUGAUCUAAGGUGCAAGACUGCUGAUGAUUUAAAGCAGUGUCGCUAUCUCUCGGUGAUUUGUGAUGGAUCAACAGAUUUGACUGUAGUGGAACAGGAGGUUGUCAUGGUUCGCUACAUUGAUCUUACGACUGGUCGACCAGUGACUAGGUUGGCUGCAUUGAUAGAGUUGGAACACGCUCACGCAGAUGGAGUACAUACAGCGCUAAAGGAUGGUUUGCGAAGAGUUAUUAGUGAACAACCCGAGGAUACCCUCAGGCUCUGUACGCAUGGGGCCAACAUUGUUUGCGGGAAUUUCGAUGGUGCUGCUGUCAUGAUGGGUGAUCGCAACGGUGUCAAAGCAAAGCUGGUCAGAGACUAUCCUUGCGCCGUUGUAAUUCACUGUGUUGCUCACAAACUAGAGCUUGGCAUUCUUGAUGCAGUUAAAGCGGUUCCAUAUCUUGCAGAGUUUGAAGCAAGUAUUAAGGAAAUUUUCAAAAUAUAUCGGUAUUCACCUAAACGGCAACGAGAGCUGAAACAAGCUGCAUCUACUCUUGACGAAGAGCUCAAGUCCUUUUCUGAUAUCAAGCAAGUUAGGUGGGUUGCUAGUAAAGAGCGGGCUCUCAAAGCAAUCCUGCAGAACUUGUCAUCUUUAGCUGCCCACCUGGAGCAUAUGGCUGCUGACGCCGGAAACAGUAGCGAAGAGAAGUCUAGAGGUCGAAGUAUAUUAGAUACCAUCUUGAGUCUCCGUUUUAUCUUUUGGAUUCACAUGAUGCUAGAUUUUCUUGCGAUUGUGACUAAAGUCUCAAGAAAAUUCCAACAGAACGACAUUGUUUUAAUUGAAGUGCCAAUCAUUAUUGAUGAUUGCAUUGAUGCUUUAUCAGACCUUCUACAGCAAUGUGGAGAUUAUCGUAAGAAGUUCAAUGCUAUGUUCAAUGCACAUGAGAACACAUAUGGUACUUUGCAACUUAGUUCUCAGCGAUCAACCAGAGGUGGCAUCCAUGCUAACACUGUUACCACUGUCGACUUAGAUGACGACGCAGAGAAGUUUGUGAAGGGUGCUUUGUCAUAUCUGAAAAUGCACUUUGGUUGCUUCAAAAAUCCAACCUCGUCACAUUUCGCAGCAUUAAACUUUAAGAAAUGGCCAUACGAUGAAACCGAGAGAAAGAGCUUUGGUCAUGACGACAUCAGCGGUUUAGUUAAAGCUUUUGAGUUAGCAAUGAAAAAUGCCAGCUGCAAUGUGGAAAGUGUUCGCAGUGAGUGGGGGAUUCCACCGGAAACUGAAACGCCGUGUAGUCUCACUUCGAACCUCUCCUAUACUUUCAGUCUACACUGAUCUAUUGAAAGGUGAAUUCAGCAACCCUGACGGUGACCUCUCGAAUAUUCUGCACCUUGUGCACAUCAUGCUCACUAUGAGUCCCAGCACUGCUGAAUGUGA